AUGAGUUUGUCGAGUCAAAUUGUUAUUUGCAUUUACUUAACCGAAAUCGCUUUUGCUGUUAACGACAAACCAGUCGUUAUUGAUCAAGAGGAUUCGAGGGUUGACGAUGAAGAUACUAGUCGCACAGAGUCGUGGGAUCGUAAGAAAGGAAUAGAUAUUACUUAUAUGCCAUUCAUUAAAAAGCGUAAUGUUGCGACCGAGAAGCAUACUGAAUAUGAAGAUGAAAAAACAACAACGGAGAAAACGAAACCACUUCACCCAAAUGAACUGCUCUUUCCCUUGAUCUACAAACAGAGUCAUGUCAAUAGCAUGUUCAAGUUCGGCGAGAAUUGGUACACUUGGUCGACCGAGAAAAGAACGGAUGGAUCUAAAGCGACCAAUUAUUACAUUUGCUACGAUGAGCCAAAGCGUUGCGACGAUAUCGGUUGGGAACGUACGGAUACUCUACCAAAAUGCGCGUUUGAAAUAGACUCUCUAACGCCCGAUGAUCGAGCGUGUAUCAACAGUUUUGGUGAGGAGCACCAUCUUCACUAUGGAGGUUUUUGCGAUGGGGCAGAGCAGAUGAAGGUCAGCGAAAUGGUUCGGUCUUGUGGACCGCGAAUACGUUCUUUGUGGCGAUUUGUGCGCGUAGGUCGUCGACCUGCAAACGCGGCCAAACCGGCUGACGUAAACUCUCUCAUUUGUGAUGAUGAAGAAGAAUGUUUCGUCACUAUCGAAUAUAGGAUACAUCACGAUAGGAUAACGUUUUCACUGCACGAGCCGACCAGGGGACAAACAUUCAAAAGUGCUUUAAAACGAGAAGUGCCUAGCGAAGAUGAAAACAAAGUGAGUACAACCACAGAGACCCGGCAACGAUCUGUUCACAGAAGCAAGAAGAUCGUUCGGGAAGAAACGAAAACGAAGAAGUUCCGGGUCAAACCUAAGCCCAAAGUUGAAGGGAAAGAUAACUAUAAAGUUAAGGAGCGAAAUGAAUCCGGAUACACGAGUCGGCGAGAAGACACUAAAACAAAGAAAUUCCGCGUCAGGCCCAAAACCAAAGUUGAAGGCAAAGGAGUCGUGAAAGAACGUAAUGACUCCGGAUAUACGAGUCGUAGAAUAAAAAACGAGAUCACUUUCAAAGAGGACAUAUCCAAUGAUACUUCUGAAUAA